AUGAUCUUUGGGGAAAAUGGGACACCGACAUCCAACAGGGCCAAGAAACAGGUUGUACGUGCAGUAAAAUCAGGGUAUUAUCCCAAUCAUGUGAUGGAGAUUAUGGGCACGACAGAAGAGCCGGUCAUCAGCUUCGGGGCAGAGGACCUGCGAACGCUUAUGUAUCCGCACGACGAUGCGCUGGUUAUCACGACAGACAUAGCCGGUUGCAUUGUUCAUCGCGUCUUCGUAGACUCGGGCAGUGCAGUGAAUAUUUUAUAUCUGGAGUGCCUCCAGAACAUGGGAGUCAAAGCCCACAUUGAACCAACAAACGCCCCAUUAUUCGGGUUUGGGGGAGAAAUGGUCAUGCCAAUAGGUUUUGUGGAAUUGUCGUUAAGUCUCGGCAAUGCGGAUGCCAGCAAGGCCAGGGUAAUACGAUUCCUAGUAGUAGACAUGCCAAAACCAUCCUACAAUGUGAUACUUGGCCGUCCUGCUUUGACGAUGUUCAGAGCAAUCAUUUCCAUGUUCCAUCUAAAAAUGAAAUUCCCCAUCGGAGGGGGAAGAGUGGGAGAAGUAUGGGGCGACCAGAAAAUGUCGAAAGCAUGCCAUGUGCAGAUGCUCACGCACUCUUCAGGGCGGAAAAGGGAACGAAUAACAGAGGGACCAGACGCUCGGAAAAAAGGAAAAAUGGGCGAAAUCACUGCUCCAGUAGAGGAGCGCCAGGAGUUGGCGGAAUUAUUAAAUGACCGGGAUAGUACAGAGAAAUUUGCGCUGGUCUCCACCAGCAAUGUAUGUAAUAUGAUAGAAUUAUUUCCUGGGCGAGAGGGUUUCCAGACCAAGAUUGGAUCUUCUAUGAACAACCAAGCCAGAGAGGAGCUAAUUAGCUGUCUGCGGAGAAAUGCAGAUGUAUUUACCUUCAGCACGGCUGAUCUGAAGGGAAUAGACAGAGGGUUAGCGGAACAUUGCCUUAAUGUGGAUCCGAAGGUUAAACCAGUGAAACAGCGAACAAGGCAUUUCAGUGCCGAGAAAGAUGUCGCGAUCAGGGAGCAAGUUCAGGGGUUGCUGGAUGCGGGCCUUAUUGAAGAAGUCCAAUAUCCAGAGUGGAUAUCAAAUGCUGUGAUGGUGGCAAAAAAGACGAAUAGUUGGUGUAUGUGCGUGGAUUACAAGGAUCUCAAUGCCGCCUGCCCCAAAGACCACUAUCCUCUGUCGAGAAUUGAUCAAUUAGUAGAUUCCACAUCGGGCUGCGCGCUAUUGUCCAUGAUGGACGCAUACCAGGGAUAUCACCAGGUCAAAAUGAACAGAGGGGACAUCGCUAAAAUGGCUUUCGCCGUCUGCUGUGGGGUUUAUGGCUGGAGAAGCAUGUCAUUUGGCUUAAAAAAUAUGGGAGCCACAUACCAGAGGAUGAUGGAAAAAAUCUUCAAAGAACAACUCUCCAAAAAUAUAUCAGUGUAUAUGGAUGACAUGCUUGUAUGCAGCGUCAGAGCGGAAGACCAUGUCUCUAACCUGGAGGAGGUUUUCACGGUAAUCAGAAAACACCGGCUCAUGCUCGACCCGACGAAGUGUACCUUUGGAGUCACCACAGGAAAAUUCUUGGGAUACAAAGUUACGCCUGCGGGUAUUGAAGUCAAUACCGACAAGUGGACAGCGGAAUGCCGAACAGCUUUUGAAGAUGUCAAGGUUUACUUGGUGGAGCUCCCAACUUUGACCAAACCAGUCCCGGGAGAGACAUUAUAUUUAUACAUAGCAGUGGGCGAGGAGUCAGUCAGUUCGGUGCUUAUCAGAGAAGAGGGGAGUCAUCAGAGGCCAAUUUACUUUGUCAGCAGACUCAUUCAGGGCCUCGAACUGAAUUAUUCAGAGAUUGAGAAGGCUGCUCUGGCAGUCAUGGUCACAGCACGGAAAUUGAGACCCUAUUUCUUGUCACACCAGGUAGUGGUGCGAACUGCCUUACCAUUUAGGCAGGUGUUGGGGCGGCCAGAUUUGUCAGGGAGAAAGGUCAAGUGGGCCGUGGAACUAGGGGAAUAUGACGUGGAGUAUGAGCCAAGAAUGGCUAUCAAGGCACAAGCUCUGGCAAACUUUAUCCAGGACACUACUCGCCGCCCCGUGCAGGAGUUCUGGAUUGCUUUUGUGGAUGGAUCAGUCACCAAGGAAGGGUGCGGAAUUGGAGUAUACAUCAUCUCUCCAACCUUGGAAGUAUAUCAAUUCGCCAUCAAAUUCACUUGUAGGAUGUCCAAAAAUGAGGCCGAGUAUGAGGCCGUGGUCAGAGGAGCACAUAUCUUGUCGGAAUUACGGGUUGAAUGUGUUAUAAUCAUAACUGACUCUCAGUUGGUAGCUCAGCAAUUUUCAGGGAGUUAUCACAUUAAGGACCACAAGAUGAAAGCAUAUCACUGCAAGAUCAAUGAAAUGAAGCAAAAGUUCAUGGAGUUUAAAAUCGAACAGAUUUCCAGAGAAGAGAAUACAAAGGCAGGUUUACUAGCACGAAUGGCCAGCACCGUGGAACAGACUUGGAAUGACGAGAUCACGCUGCUCUGUGAUACCAGAGAAAUGGGGACUUCACAGGUUUUCUCAGUGGAAAUUCGGGAUGAUUGGCGGGCCCCAAUUAUACACUUUCUUAAGACAAGGGAACGGUUGAGCAAAGAAUCUAAUCAGAGGGCUCGAUACGAGAAUUAUUGGUUUUAUUGGCCUAACGUCAACAAGGAUGCCAGGGAAUUCGUUCGCAAAUCUGAGGCUUGCCAGAGAUAUGCGGGGAGAAUCAACGUCCCAGGGGAAACCAUGGGAGUCAUGUAUGCCGCAUGCCCAUUUGAUAAGUGGGGUAUAGAUAUCGUCGGGAAAUUGCCUACCGCACCAGGAGGCAAGUGCUUUCUCAUUGUGGCGGUGGACUACUUCUCCAAAUGGGUCGAAGCCGAGGUGGUUGCAAAGAUCGAUGAAGUAACAGUGGAGCGGUUCAUCUGGCGAAACAUAUGCUGCAGAUUUGGUGUCCCUAGGAUCAUUGUAUUAGACAAUGGAACCCAAUUCACAAGACAGAGAAUUGCUGACUUUUGUGACCGAAUGGAUAUCACUCAGCGUUUCGUGUCCGUGGCUCAUCCUCAAGCAAAUGGGCAAGUGGAGCUAGGAAACAGAUCAAUCUGCGAGGGGAUCAAAAAACGGCUGAAUCAGAGCAGAGGGAAGUGGGUUGAGGAGUUGGACACUGUCCUUUGGGCCUACCGAACUAGCCCAAAGACAGCAACCAGAGAAGCGCCUUUCACCUUGGUAUACGGAUCCAAUGCAGUAAUACCGGCGGAGACCAGACUGGAGUCAUACCGCAUCACUACCUACGACACAGAGCAAAAUUCUGAACUCCGAAGAACAGAACUUGACCUUGUGGAAGCACAGAUGGACGAAACUCAAGUCAGAGCAGCGAAGUACAAAAGCAUUAUCAAGGCGGGAUACGACAAGCGGGUCAAAGCAAGAAAGCUAGCCAAGGGCGAUCUAGUCCUCAAGAGGGUCGAUGCACUGAAGCCAGUAUGCAAGUUCGAGCCUAAUUGGGAGGGACCCUUCAUCAUCACCGAGGUCCUGGGCGGCGGAGCGUACACUUUGUCGGAUCCAGACGGCAGAGCCCUCCCCAGACCAUGGAAUAUCAAUACUCUGAAAAAGUUCUAUGUAUAA